AGCAUUGCGGGCAUUGCGGGCACGAAAAGGUCCGCAUUGUUCGGUCCCCUUUUGAAUAGGUGCUAUUGAACUGACAAUCUCCGAUCAAAUAACGAAGCGUGUACUUGGCUGAAGCUGCUAGAUUACGUUGGUGACUGUUUGUUGUGCAUUAGAUGGUACAUUUCGUGCUGAACCAUAGUGCAGCGCUAAACAGUGUAGAACAGAUCAAAGGCUGAUCUCAGUGUCUCGCAUAAAAUCGAACAUAUUGGUUUCGCAUUUACGUGUUUUUGAAUCGUCAGAGCGAGAUGGAAAAAUCGCAAGACCUUGAAGCAACGAGCGAAGAGCCAGCAGUCGUGGGAUGUUCAGGUAAUGAUAACGGUGCUUCCACAGCGACGGAUCCUGCAGAGCCAAGUGACCCAAAGAAGAAGACUAAAUGGACUAAAGGCAAACGGAGGAAGAGGGCCCGUGAUGUCAACGCUCCCGAACGACCACUCACGGGCUACGUCCGAUUCCUGAACGAUCGGCGGGAGGCUGUUCGCGCUGCGAACCCUACGGCCAACUUUCCAGAUGUCACAAAGCUCCUGGCCAUUGAGUGGAGCAAGCUUAGUCCCCAGGAGAAACAGAAAUACUUGGAUGAAGCAGAGAAAGACAGGGAGCGUUACUCGAAGGAACUGGAGCAGUACCAGCAGACGGAGGCAUACAGAAUCUUCACAAAGAAGCAGCACGAAAAAAAAGCAAAAGGUGAUGAUGGCAGUGCAGCAGCAACGACGAAUGGCACAGCAGCUGACGUUGUAAUUGAAGACAGCAAGAAGGAUGAACUACCUGGCUACAACAUUCCAAUCUUCACAGAGGAGUUCCUCGAACACAACAAGGGGUGUGAGGCAGAACUCCGACAGCUGCGUAAGUCCAACACUGAGUACGAGGAGCAGAACGCCAUUCUAGGCAAACACAUAGAUACCAUGAAGGCAGCAAUCGAAAAACUUGAAGUGGAGACUGUCCAGCAGAAGAACAACAAUGUUGCCCUGCAGCAGCACUUGGCCACAUUACGCACAAAACUUGCUGCAAGUUUCUCGAACCUGCCAUUGCCUGGAACAAAUGAAACAGCUACACUGGAAAACAUAGACAGCUAUAUGGCUGUACUUCACGGUAUCAUCUUGGACCGACCACAAGAGCAUGAAGCAUUAAUUGCUUCUGUUCGAGAGAUUGCUAAUCGCUUGGAGUACCAAGGAUGAACACAGCCCGGUAAUAUGCUAACGCAAAACAAAUAUAAGCAUUUGCAUGCUGUACAUAUCUUUUAAUUCCUAAUAAAUCGCUAAACUUACUGAUAAAGUACAUCUUCAUUGUCAACUUUCAUGUAUGGUUUUAAUACAAAGUUGCUUAUAGUGUGCCGAUGCAAAUGAAUUAGGAGCAUUCACGUGCUGUACAUAGUCAUGCUUACCGUGUCGAAGUGAUAAAAUAAAUACAUUCUCAUCACCUA